UAAACUUUAGUGGUUAUAAAACAUUGUCACUUUCAUGUACAUAGACAGUCUUAUUAUUAAAAUGCUUUGACCUAAGAUAAAGUUAUUUCUAAUAUUUACAGUCGGUGAAAUUUGAAACUCGUGUAAACUGUAUAUUUUACGCUACAGCAGGUAUCUAGUAUACUAUUGGACGUAAGUGAUCAUUAAAGAUUUAUUAAAAAGUGCAGAUCGUAUUUUUGUGUGUAUUUUAUUUAGUAAUAAUAUUUUCAUACUUGAUUUGUACGAGUAAUAAGUAUAACAUGGACACAACAAGACUUAUACAGUCAAAUAGUCUUGGGAGUUAUGGUUCCACAGCGUAUUCUGCACCAGAUGGCUUUAUUAGAGCCAAUGGGAUGCAUUUUGACACAAAAGACGAUAAAGUAACACCAAUACCAGGAGUAUCUACUGUGCAAUCAACACUGAAUAUAUCUAAUGUAUGUUACGUUGUGAAGGAAUGGGUAGGACCGUGGUGGACAGGGGCGUGUUUUAGAAAAAUAAGACGGAAAAUAGUUCUUCGGGAUAUUUGUUUGCAAGUGAAAACAGGAGAGCUCACGGCAAUUCUUGGCAAUUCAGGAUCGGGUAAGACCUCACUGCUAGAUGUAAUAUCUAGUCGGUCCACCGGAGAUGUCAAUGGCCAGGUAUAUCUUAACAACGUUAAAUGUACUCGUGACGUCAUCCAACAAUAUGCUACGUACGUCAUGCAGGCUGAUCGGCUGUUACCUAACUUAACUGUUAGAGAAACGUUAAGAUACACUGCAAAGCUGAAAUUACCAGGACAUGUAACAACCGAUGGUAUUGAACGGAAGGUAGCUAAAGUAAUACAGCAAAUGGGUCUAAAAGAUGUUGCUGACUCAAGGAUAGGAAGUAAUAUAAUUCGUGGAAUCUCUGGGGGAGAGCAAAGACGAGUUACCAUAGCAAUACAGUUACUUAAAGAUCCAGAUAUGGUUUUGUUGGACGAACCAACAUCAGGUUUGGACAGUUACACUGCUCGUUACCUGGUCAGAAAUCUUCGUGAUCUGGCUAAACAAGGGAAAAUUGUGCUGUUAACAAUCCACCAACCUAGUUCAGAUAUCUUCAACAUGUUUGAUCAGAUUGGAAUCAUGUCAAAGGGACAGAUGGUGUAUUGUGGACCUGCCAAAGAGAUGGUUCCUUAUUUCACUGCCCUUGGUUAUCCUUGUGAUAGAUAUACCAAUCCUUUAGACAGAUAUGUCGAUGUUGCUAGCAUAGAUCGUCGUGAUUUAGAAAGACAAUAUGAAAGUACGAAACGAGUAGAUAGUUUAGUAGAAGCUUUUCAAAACUCGCAUAUAAACCAACAAACUCUCCACAAUAUAAGAAAUGCCAUGAAUGAAAAUGAUGGCCGUAAGCUUGGUAGUGGUAGUGAAGCAGGUAGCGGACCAAGUUAUAUGAGGGUGCUACUAACACUUAUAGGCCGGAUGUAUACUAACGUGUUUAGAGAUCGAAAGGACUACUUUGCUCGUAUUUUUCUACUCCCCUUGUUUAUGGUGUUCAUCAUCAUUUUCUUGGGAAGGCUUAAACACACCCAGACAAGUAUCCAGGACCGUAUUGGUCUGAUCUACAACGCUACCACAGGCCCUCCCUUCAUGGGCAUCAUUAACAGCAUUGCACUUUUUUUAUGUUUGCGGGAUUUAUACUACCGUGAGAGUCGAGACGGAUUGUAUGGACCUGCGACAUUCUUGAUAGCUUACUCCAUACAUGUCAUACCCUUCAAUAUUGUGUCGAGUGCCAUAUUUAGCAGUAUUAUAUACUGGGUUUGCGGGAUGUACCCAAGUGCCGAUAGAUUUGGUAUAUUUACACUCGAGGUGUUCAUGCUGCAUUAUUGGGGAGAGAUAUUGACUGUUGCCUGUCUAGGAAUGUUUAUGAAUCCAAAUUUAGCCAACAGUGUUGCUGUUCUGCUGCAGUCAGUUGCUGUCAUUGCAGCGUCAGGAUAUAUUAAAACAUUAGAUACCCUGGUUGAACCAAUGGAGUGGUUAAGCUAUAUACUAAUACAUAGAUAUUCUGCAGCCAUUUUUGUAGCAAACGAGUUUAAAGACCUUGACUUUGACUGUGAUCGGAAUGUGACGUUAAAUUGUAUUGAAAGUGGAAAUGAUUACCUAAACAAAUAUUACCCUGGUGCUGUGGAUGAUAUUGCAAACAACUUCGGAUAUUUAGCAGCUUAUUUGGCAGGGACUCUAAUAUUUGCUAUUAUCGUCUUCAAAUUAUCUGGUUUACGAAAUUUACAUUGACACAUUUGUAAAGAUUUGUGUGAUACCUGUUGUUAAAUGUAAUAUAUUUUAUAUUGACCAAGAUUUAUGGUCAGUUAUGUUUCUUGUA